AUGCAACAUCAGAGGAGACGGCGCUCCAAGGCGGCAGCGGCGGAGCUGGGGGCGCGUCCCCAGCGAGGCGGGAGGCGCGGGCCAGGCACGCUGACGUGGAGCCCCGACGGGCAGCUGCUCGCGACGGUCAACGAAAACAUGCCGCACGCGAUCUGGAUCUGGGACCUGGGGUCCGCUGAGCUGGCGGCGGUGCUGUGCCAGGUCGGCCCUGUGCGUGCGCUGGCGUGGUCGCCGGCCGGCCGCAGCCUGGCGGCCGUGGCGGGCGGGGGGCGGCUAUACCUGUGGUCGCCGGCGGGCGCGAGCGUCGUGCACGUGCCGCUGGGAGGUUUCCAGGCGACGGGCGUCAGCUGGGCGCAGGGCGGGGAGGCGCUCGCGCUGCAUGGCAGAGAGAGCUUCUGCUGCGGCUACGUCGGGACCUAG